UAAACUCGGAAAAACUCUGUGUCAAAAUACUUGUGUAUGUAUAUAUAUAAAUGCAUGGUAGGUUAAUUCUGAAAUUUAAUGAGACUGAAAAAUCGAAUGCGAGCAACUUAAUCAAGAAAAUAUAUUGUAUUUAAAAGACGUAAAAGUGAAUAGUUAAAUAAAGGAAAAGGAAAUAAGCAGAUCUCAAGUAAUUACAUAUAUGCAUAAGUAUGUACAUAUAUAUGUAAAGGAGUGAUAAUUUAUGCAAUAAAAUGAAAUUUUAUUAAGUGUUAGUAAGUUUGUAACCGUUUUCUGAGCAGGUGCGUAGUAGAGUGAAAGUAUUUUUCCAUAAAGUGAAUUGUGAUUGGACGAAAAAAUGGUUUUCUUAUCGAUGCAGAAGAUGUACAGAUGCGAAAUUUCACUGAAAAAUACAAAAAUAAAUUGCUUUACUUAACGUACUAGGCGGCAAAUAAAUAAAACAAAAAUAAUUCAAUCUUGGAAGCGUUUGAAGCUACUGACAGAAAAGGAGCGGUAUUCCCUAUUUGAAGAGGUCAUUGAUCGAAAGAACUUGAAAAAUGGCCGAUCAGCAAAAACUUUCGCUAUGUCCUCGUCUUGUCGACUACAUGGCAAUUGUAGGAGCCCGUACUACUCCACCCAUGCCAAAAGGACUACCCGGCAAUAAAACGCCACCUGUGCAGAUCCCUGAGCUGUUGCGUCGAUAUCCACCAUCGGACCAUUCAGAUUUCCCUCUUCCCCUUGACAUGGUAUACUUCUGCCAACCUGAAGGUUGUACCAGCGUAGGACCACGCCGAACUGGAUCUGCCAUUCGCGACAUGACAUCCUUUGUAUUUGCGCUCACCGACAAGGAUUCGGGCAAAACUCGAUAUGGCAUCUGUGUUAAUUUCUAUCGACCGAUUGAACGACAUUCGACUAAUUUAGAACGUGGUGCAGCUGGUGGAAAUCAUGGUGCUGUUAGUCUGGGACAAAGCACCCGUGGACGUCGAAGCUCCGCUUUUCGACGCGAAUCUUGGCGCAAGAGCAUGGAGCGUAGCUCGGAUUCGGCAUUUAGUAGAUCACAUGAUGCUAAACGACGUAUUUUUUGUAAUAGUUACGGCCUCUUAACUUCUUCUAGCGACUACAGAAGUAACGUCGCUCCUAGUGAUUCGGAUCGUGAAAUGACAUCACGUCGUGAUUCGGAUCCACCGAAUCAACACCACUUAUCACAUGGGGCGCACGGUCAUAUACAACAACAACAGCAGCAGCAACAGAGUCAUCAACAACAAAUACCAAAGCUAGGACUGAUGGCACCAUCCGCGGACUCAGAGUCAGGCGGCAGUCAUUCGCCAUCGCCACGCGCCUCACGAAAACGCACUAAACUGCGUAAUCAGUCGCUUACCUCGCUCUGCAUUAUCUCACAUCACCCAUUUUUCUCAACGUUUCGCGAGUGUUUGUUUAUACUUAAGAAGCUGAUCGAUGCCUGCAAUGAGUCCUCAUCGCCAAAGCGUUUGGGCGCUUCACAAAAGCUAAAUCGUGACAAUGUGUGGACGGUGCUCACUGGUCAUGCUACCGAAGCUACCUCGUCUAUUGUGUUGCACGAUGUACGAGAGAUCGAAACAUGGAUCUUGCGGCUACUAUCCACACCAGUACCUGUACCUGGCUCCACGCGUGUUGAGGUCGAGGUACUGUCUCCGACCGUACAUGAACCUCUGCUCUUCGCCCUGCCAGACCACACACGUUUCUCGCUAGUGGACUUCCCAUUGCAUUUGCCGCUUGAGCUGUUGGGCGUGGAAACAUGUCUGAAAGUGUGGACGCUGAUAAUUUUGGAAAACAAAGUACUCUUUCAGUCACGGGACUACAAUGCGCUCUCCAUGUCGGUAAUGGCAUUCGUCACAAUGCUCUAUCCGUUGGAGUAUAUGUUCCCCGUGAUACCGCUGUUGCCGACAUGUUUGAGUUGCGCUGAACAAUUGCUGCUGGCACCAACACCUUUCGUGAUUGGUGUUCCAGGCACAUUCCUAAUGUACAAAAAGAAUUUCCGGCUACCGGAUGAUAUCUGGGUGGUGGACCUGGACUCAACCAAAUUGACACCGCCAACUGGUGGCUAUGAGGAGAUUCCACCAUUGCCAGAACCUGAGGGUACCAUACUUAAGAAUCACCUGAAGCAGGCUAUGCAACUUAUGGAUGAAGCUGGACUCGGUGCGUUAUCCUCUAUGUCGGCUUCCAAUCAGGCCAUAUCCGCACAACAGCUUAUGCCGUCGGUUCGCGACAGUCUUACAGAGCCAACUCUACUGGGGGUAUCUCAAGUCCGUUUGCCGCUACAGUCGCCCACGCAGUCCGCGUACACAAGUCAACGCAGCUCAAUGUCGGCACAGGGCACUCAUUCAAGGCAACCGAGUCCGAUGAAUUCGCCCGCUUUGAAUCCAUUUAUCUAUGGUACGGAUGUAGACUCAGUAGAUGUCGCCACACGCGUUGCAAUGGUUCGAUUUUUUAACGCUCAAAAUACUCUAGCGAAUUUCGCCGAGCAUACUCGCACAUUACGGCUCUACCCACGUCCCGUGGUAGCCUUUCAGAUUAACAGUUUCCUACGUUCACGUCCACGUGCUUCACAGUUCCUCAAUCAAUUUGCACGCACACAAGCUGUAGAGUUCCUCGCGGAGUGGUCAUUAACCCCAACUAAUGUUGCCUUCUUGCGCGUACAAACCGGCGUAAUGGAUCCAGCUCAAGUUGGUGAUAAACCAAAGUGGUUCGCUCACCAGCUUACACCUAUACGGUUCUCUGUGUGGGAUGACGGCAGCUCACUAAAUGGUGCAUUGCGUUCUCUCAAACAACUAGAAUGCCAACCAACAGAUGAGAGUGGUUCCGACUCGGAGGGUGCGGAGAGUUCAAGUUCCUCAUAUUCCUCGCUCAGUGACUUUGUCUCGGAAAUGGUGUCUUCAGAUCUAUCGCCGAGUAUACACGAUGUUUUCGGUGCACAUAAUCGGCCUCAUAAUGUGCCACAAACGCUUUCAUCCAAUCUAGAUCCAGCUUUAGUUUAUCAUCCGCCGAGCACUCUGCAGUAUCCGGAAAGCAUGUCUCGUAAAAUAGAGGUCAACGAAGAUGAAGAGGACCAACGUGCUGAAUCACCACUCUCGUCAUCAUCAAGUCGUUCCGAUUUAAGUUCUCCCAGCCGUGAUUCUGAAUUUGAGUUUCCAGCUAAAGCAGCGGGACCUUUCGAUUUGGCAGCACCGGCAGCAAUUCGCCUGGAGGCAACUAUACGGGCUGCCAGUAUUGAGAACGAAGGGACCGAUAUGGGAGAACUAAAGAAAUCACCAGUAUUGCCACAUAAACAGCAACAACAACACCACCAGCAGCGGCAUACGGGUGAAAUGGAGCAUGUUGGUGUUGAAAAGAAGCGUCCGCCUCCAAUAACACCCCCCGUCUCCAAUAUCCUCGCCCGCACUGGUAGCUCAGGUUCAAGCUCGAGCAGUCCUGGACGGCAAGGAUCACAGGGAUCUCUCUUUGAAAACUUCGCCUCCCAUGCAAAGGAGCUGGUGCGUGAGACAACACGGCAAAGCAGCCAGGAAGGAUUGUUGGCCCAAGUGGAUAAGCAACAUUCUAUGGAAGGUAGUAUACCCGAAGAGUUAGAUGAAAAAGUGCGACACACCUUUGAAAAGUUUACAUUGCACGCCAAGAAAGCUGCUGGAGAGGCGUCGAAGCAAGCCUUAGAGGUUUCCAAGCAGGCGGCUGGUGUGAGUAAGCACACCUUCGAUGAUCUCACCUAUGUCAGUAAAUCUACGAUUGGCGAUUUGACGAAAACUGCCAAAGAAGCUGCGACCAAGAAGGGCAUCAUUAAAGUGGAUGAGCAUAGUCAUUCCUCGGGACAGCAGGUUGCCACACAGAAACAAAUGCAAAGUCCCGGUGGCAAUUUUUUUUCAUCGAUAGGCAGCGACUUCAAUGGGCUUGCCUCUUCGACGUCCACCAUGUUUUCGGGCAUGUUUGGUGGCAAAAAAAACCAGCAGAAGCAACAACAACCAGCGCAUCAAUAUCAGGGCGGUGGCAACAUGCAACAUAAAGCAAAGACGGGCAUUAAUUUCGAUCCAUUUCCAAGUCGAAAAGGUCUGGUAGAACGCACACCUCUCAUCAAACAUUCCGGUCCCGGGCAGACUCAAGAAGACAUCACACGGCAGCAAAAUCAAGAACGUUCGCAUAGUAAUUCCGAAAACCAAGCCUUCCUAAGGGAUGUCACCACACAGGUAUUGGCUGGAGAAGGCGUCGGUUGGUUAAAGAUGAAUAGGUUCAAAAAGCUCAUGGAAGACGAAUCCUAUCGCACUUUGGUACUUAGUAAACUUAACAAAACUUUGGAUAGGAAAAUUAUGCCUGAUGAUCAUAUUGAUGAUGUGUGUGUACCUAAACCAGUGUGGAAAGGCAUGUUAAAAUGUCUGCAAGCUCUCACGGCUGGUUUUGAGGCUAGUUACUCAAAUUUCGGUCUUGGUGGCAUGGCUUCUAUAUUUCAAAUGAUGGAGAUCGCGCACACUCAUUAUUGGAGUAAAGAACUUAACGAAACUACCGACAUGUCUUCAAGCCUACUAUCCAGUCAUGCCACAAGUCCCAUGGGAAGUCGGGAAAAUCUGCGUUCGCCCUCCAGUCCCAUGGAUUCGCAUUCAGGCUUGGGCAGUGAGUGGGCUUCGCCACAAGAAUCGCGUAAAAGUUCUUCACAAACUGAUCGUGCCGGACCAAUGGUUGGGGGAGCAGCAAACUCUGCUUCCACAAGGCGCAUGUCAUCUGCCGACAGUCAGGAUGGGCAGUCCACGACAGAGAUGUUUAAGGACAUGCUGGCGCAAAAGCGCACGGCGCUGUUGAGCAAACUCACUUCAUUCGACUCAGAUGGUGCCGGCUCCACAGGUGCUCUGUCUGUUGUUAGUGAUCUCCUACCUGCUGGUAGUUUGAAUGUUCGUAUGCCCGCUAGUUGUCGAUCAACGGUAUCCGAUACCGAAUACGAAAAUACUACAACAUCAAAGGAUUCCAAACGAAGCUCUGGAAAUAUUUGGUCGGGUAAAUCAACACUCAGCGCCGGUUUCCGCUAUACAGGAGGACACUUGAUCAACACCUCUUCCUCGCCAUCGCCAGAUAGUCCAAGAGUGUAUCUCUUCGAAGGCAUGAUUGGGCGAGAUCGUUCAAGUUUGUGGAAUCAAAUGCAAUUCUGGGAAGAUGCAUUUUUGGACGCAGUGAGCCAAGAACGAGAUAUGAUCGGCAUGGAUCAGGGUCCCAUAGAGAUGAUGGAACGCUACAAAUCACUUAGCGAUGAGGAACGUAAACGUUUGGAACACGACGAGGAUCGACUACUCUCAACAAUGUUGUACAAUCUCACUGCUAUACUGGUAAUGCUGGGCGUGAACAAAGAGGAGAUACGCCGAAAAAUUCGACGCCUUCUGGGUAAAAGUCACAUUGGUUUGGUUUAUUCCACCGAAGUGCACAACGUUGUAGAUCAAAUAAAUAAUCUCAAUGGCAACGACAUCGACCUGAAACCGCUCGGUUCGAGACUUCUGCAUCGUCAGAGUUUCACCAUACAUCCGGGGUCAGAUGCCAGCGGUCCACUUCUAUUCAUGGAGGUGCGUGACGAUGGACUUGUGGUACGCUCUGUUGAUGGCACAAUCGUUGAGCGUUGGUUCUAUGAGCGUCUAGUUAACAUGACGUAUUCGCCCAAAACUAAAGUGCUCUGUCUCUGGCGCCGUAAUGGAGGGCAAAUACAGCUCAACCGUUUCUAUACUCGCAAGUGUAGAGAACUUUACAACUGUAUCAAGGAGGCUAUGGAACGUAGCGGCACUCCGAAAAAUGUGCCAGAGUUGGGCGGCGAGUUCCCAGUGCAGGAUAUGAAUACUGGCGAGGGUGGCCUUUUGCAGGUGUGCUUAGAGGGGGUUGGUUUGUUGUUUUCCAACAGCAAGGAUUUCGAGUUCUUUGUGCGUCUGGACCACAUACGAAAAUGCUUCACGCAGAAAGGUGGCGUUUUCGUUUUGGAAGAAUACAAUCCUAAAACGCGUCAUCUGAUCCAGCGAAAAUAUAAAUCUAAAUUGGCCGACCAGAUUUGUUACGCAGUGCUGUGCGUUUUCUCUUACGUCGCCGCUGGACAGGAGCAAAAGAAGAAUCCUGUGGUCAUCACACCACAAAUACAGGACAUUCACGCCCAACAAAAGCAACAGCAUGCUCAACAGCAAAAGCAAUUACAACAACAACAACAUCAACAGCAACAACAACAAUCCCAUCCGAGCAGCGGCGGCGCUACUAGUCCUCGUUCAGGUCCACAAAUGACUUCACCAAAGCAAAUAACACAGUCCACACAUUUGCCGCCUCCACAAAUGAACGGGAAAAACCCAACAGUAACCAUACGCCACACAAUGCCAAUGCAGACGCCAACGGUUACGACAGCCACCGUGCAGCCCCAAGCGAAAUUGCCGCAUGCUUCGAUGGCUUCGCCAGCCACAAAUACCGCCACACCACACACAGCAACAACGACAACCAGCGGAAUAAUGCAACAACAACAACAACCAUUCAGCUAUCAACAUAUUUCACCGCUGCAGCAUCAGCACACUCAGCCUCCCCAUUAUAUGGUGUCUCACAGUCCAGUUAGUCGUACUAGCAGCAGCGGCAGUGCAUCUGGCACUUUGCCACAGUUACCACCACGCGUGCCCUCACAAACCUCAACCGAGAGUGUGCACACUUCUCCACCAGCCGUAAAAUCGCGUGGUCCCCCAACUGGCCCACCGCCUGUUAUUCCACCAAGAACCGGCGCCAUUGCACGCGCUGGCUCCCUGCAAGUGCACACCGCAGCGACAGCGACGUCCUCGGCGGCCAGCAGUGCCCUUUCGGGCGCACGGAAUUUCGUACGUCAGAUAUCCGCUAGUUCGACACCUCCACAGUACACACCCCAACCGCCACCACCGUUCGUUAUACCCAAGCGACGCACUUCCUUGUCGCGUGCCUCAUCAGUUGCGUGCUCGGGGCCAGUAGGCACACAAACAACGAGUGCAAUCGGCAGCGGAGGCAGUCAGCGUCCAUCUUAUGGUAGUAUUAGCAUGGGUGCGUCCCAACAACAGCAGCAUUACUAUCAGCAACACCACCAACAACAACAACAACAACAACAACAGCAGCAACAGCAGUCCCCGAGCAUCAGUAGUGGGAACAAGCACUGACGAAGGAGUUCUUUCUUCCGAUUUAGUGGAGGUGGUGCUGGCGGUGGUGGCGGUCACUCAGGGGUCGAACCACAUUCGCGCGAGAUCUGUCGUACCAUUUGCAUUCCGUGGCUCUGAAAGGGUGAAACGAAAAUGGAAAAAAUUAAGCUGGCAGCAGCAAAUAUUGGCUGUUGAAUUUCUCUACUACGUAGCUGAGCUUUAAUUGCAAUGCACACAGGCAUGUAAGUACCCGGAAGGGAAAGUAUGAACAAGUGGCAAAAAAUGCACACGGGGUUUCAAGCAGUUAAAAAGGUGUAAAAAUGUAGUUAAACUGAGCAAAGUUGUAUAUGAGAUUCCGUUAAAAAAGGAAGCUCGGAAUUUUGAUAAAACAACUUAUGAGACUAACAGCUUUUACUUUCAGGUCAACAUUCCUGACAUUCCAUAGAAAAAAUUAAUAUUUCAACUAAACUUUGACUAAGAUGUGGUAUAAAAGUAUUACUACGAAUGGUUGAUGAUUUAUUUAUCGCACCCAGCCAUUCGGUGAUCAGCAAGUCGGUGUGAGCUGUUCUAGCAAAAUUCCA